AUGAAAAAUCUUCAUAUUAAAUUUCCAACUGUUAUCACAUGUGUCAGUCAAUAUGUUCCUCAAAUCAUUGAAUUUAUUGAAAAAAUUAUCAAGAAAGGUAAUGCAUAUGAAUCAAAUGGUUCGGUUUAUUUUGAUACAUCAAAAUAUCAUCAACAAGAUUCAUAUGCUAAAUUAGAGCCAGAUCGAAUCGAUGAUAUUGCACCAUUAAGUGAAGAUGAAUAUGCAUUAAAAACAGUAGAAAAUACAGGAAAAGAAAAAAAACAUAAACGUGAUUUUGUUUUAUGGAGAAAAAGUAAUGAAGGUGAACCAGUUUGGCAAUCAGGCUGGAGUCUUGGUCGACCAGGUGAACAUAUUGGAUGUGGUGUUAGAGCUGGUAAUGUAUCAAAUUCAAAAUUUUCUAUUCACACUGGCGAUAUUGAUUCAAAAUUUCUUCAUUAUGAUCAUGAAAUUGCCCAAUCGAAAACUUAUCAUAAUAAUGAACCAUGGUUUUAUUAUUUUCAUCAUAGUUGUCAUUUAACCAUUGCUGGUUUAUAUUCAUCAAAACAACUUCGUUUAUUAUGUGUUUUGCAUUCAUGGACGUCCACACGAGAUUAUAAUGAUCAUGAACUGCAAAAAGCAAUAAAUUAUGAAAAAAUGCUCGAUGAUUUUUUUCUUAGAAUGCAAACACAUUUAGGUCCAUUGCAAAAAUUCAAUGAUUCAAAUGUUGAUACAAAACUUGAUGAACAUGAUAUUAUCUUGGAUAAAUGUUUUUCUGUAACGAAAAGUCAAAUUCAUCUCGCAUUAUGCGAUUCUAUUGAUACAUCAUCAGUCAUGGAGAACAUUCAUCAAUUAAUUUCAACAGCAAAUAAUUACAUGAAUAGAAAAAAUUCAACUGUUAAUCAUAUUUUAUUAAAAAAUAUUGCUGCGUAUAUUAAAGAUUUAAUAAAUAUAUUUGGUCUCAAUUUUUCUGUAUCAUAUGCUGAUGAUAUUGGUUUUACUCAAUCAACUGAAAAUCAAACAUCAACAAUCAAUGAAGAAGAUAUUGCAACGCCAUAUGUUGAACAAUUUGCUUCAUCUCGUGAUGAUGGACGUACAGAAGCAAUUUCAAUUCCGAAUAAAGAAAUUCUUCCAUUUGGUUAUCAUAUAAAAAAUGAUAAUUUAUCAGGAUUCGAUGUUCGAGUUGAAGAUCAAGGUGAUAAAAAUAAAACAACACUAAUAUUUAUCGAUAAAGCAGUAUUAAAACAAGCACGUGAACAAGGUUUUGUUGUCAAUGACAGUAAACAAGAAGAAAAAGAAAAAGAAUUAAGUGAAGAAGGAAAUAAAGAAAAAAAAAAUCCUGAUGCAAAUAUCUUAUCAGAACCAAGUACUGUUGCAACUUGUAUCGAUGAAGCUGCACUCGUAGUUGAAGAUGAAUCCUAA